UUAAUCCAUCGAUCAUCUAUCUGUGCUCCACAUGGAAAAUUAGAAAGAAUGGUUAGUGAAAAAGAAAUUUAUGAUGCUGCAUCAGAAGGGGAUGCAACAAAAUUUGCACAACUGGUUCAACAAGAUCCAAAUCUGGUUUAUAGGGUUUCGUUUCCAUGUUCAAGAAAUCUUCUGCACAUAGCAACGCUGCUGGGGAAAGUAGACAUCGUUGAAGAGCUGCUGAAUGAAAGCCGACAGCUAGCUCUCGAACUAGACUCCAACCAUUCGUCACCUCUCCACAUUGCAGCUGCGAAAGGGAACCUUGAAAUCGCCAGAAAACUGUUAUCGGUAGCCCCAGAGAUGUGCUGGAGUCGAAACGACCAAGGCUUGAACCCGAUCCAUGUUGCAGCCAUGAAAGGGCAUGUUGAUUUGUUGAAAGAGCUGCUUGAAAAGGAUCCUUUGCCUGCCAUGGAGAGAGUGUACCGUGGUCAGACGGUGCUGCAUUUGUGUGUGAAACAUCGUCAGCAUGAGGCAUUGGAGUUUUUGGUGGACAAGUUGGGUGAGCUUGUGUAUGCAAAGGAUGAUGAUAUGGAGACACUUAUGCAUUGGGCUGUUAGGAGCAGACAAUAUGAGACGGUGGAGUUGUUGGUGCGUUCUGGUAAAAUAGAGAUGGACUCAAUGAAUUCGAUGGGCAGAACAGCAACGCAAAUCUUCGCAGAUGACAAACAGCAGGUUGAUUGGAGGUGGCUUAGAUUAAUGUGGAGUUUCAUAUCAGUAUCAGCUUUGUUGGGGAUACCGUCGGAAAUGCUGUCAAAGAGAAGAGAGCAGACAAUGGUGGUGAUGGCCCUGAUUGCGGCCAUGGCGUUCCAGGCGACCAUCAGCCCCCCAGGCGGGGUGUGGCAGGACAACACAUCACUCAAGGCCGGGCAGGCCGUGAUUGCAUCUACUCAACCCAAGAUUUACAAGCACUUCGUGCGUGCAAACGCGGCAGCUUUUAUUUCAUCUCUCAUGACAAUCUGCUUGGUCGCCGUGCCAGUGCGAAUCGGGGGGUCUGGUACCUUGUUUUUAACCACAUCAACAGUUUGGGUGGCCGUCGCAUCUAUUGCUUUCAGCUAUGGAGCUUCGGUGUUGGUCGUUUCGCCAUAUACGCAAGCACUAUCAUUCACCAAAAUCACCAAUGUCAUCGUUUCCAUCACUGUCAUAGCCUACUUCCUCGUUGCUCUUUGGAGUCUUUUAAGCAUUGGCUAUUUCAAACUAGUCUUCAAACUGUCUAAUAAAAUUAUGAACACAGCUUUGGAGUCUCUUUUGAGUCAUGCAAAAUCUGAUAGUCGUCAGCCUGCCCAAACUACCCCUCACCCCAGGCCAACAACCCACCCUGAAUCUGAUACGAGAUCCCAACCAGUUGCAGAGAUAGAAGAACCUUGACGGAUAGAAGAGUCCUUCGAGACCAUAGAGCCGGAGGUCCCGACACAGCCGGCGAAAGAGAGGCAAUCUCGACCUCAACGUGCAAGGAAGAGGCCGGAUUUCCUAGGAGAUUAUAUUUAAUAUUUAAUUCUGCUUUCCUUUAUUUUUAUUACUUUGCGAGACUUUAUUUAAGUAAAUUAUUCUUUUUGGGUCAACCGUAAUUAUAAGCUCCUUUUCGGAUUUUCUUUAUUGAUUCUUUCCAUCGUAGGUCAAAUCAACCCUAGGGUCCUUAGUAUUAAAAGGCCUUGUUAUCUCUUUUGCUUUUUAUGAAAUAACAACUUUGUCUA